AUGACUAAUCAAGCUGAAUCUUCUUCUUCUUGGAAAGGAACGAAGAAGGAUUUCAGUACUGCAAUUCUUGAACGAAAGAAAGCAGCAAAUCGGCUUAUUGUUGAUGAAUCAAUCGAAAUCAAAGAUGAUAAUUCCAUGGUUUCCAUAUAUCCUGCAACAAUGGAAAAGUUGCAGCUUUUCCGUGGCGACACCAUCAUGCUCAAGGGAAAGAAAAUGAAAGAUACAAUUUGUAUCGUUAUAACUGAUGAUACAUACACCUUGUUGCUGACAAUGUGGUCUGGAGAGAGUGAAGCUAAUGUUAGGGAAAUUUUUGACAAAGCCCGACAGUCUUCACCUUGUGUCCUUGUCCUCUUCUUUGAUGAACUUGACUCUAUAGCAACUCAGAGAGGAAGUAGCGUUGGAGAUGCUGGCGGUGCUGCUGAUAGGGUUUUGAACCAACUUCUAACUGAAAUGGAUAGAAUGAAUGAAAAGAAGAGAGUGUUUAUAAUCGGUGCCACGAACAGGCCAGAUAUAAUUGAUCCUGCAUUGCUGAGACCAGGCCGUCUCGAUCAGUUGAUCUACAUCCCAUUGCCAGAUGAAGCUUCUCGGGUUCAGAUCUUCAAGUCCUGCCUUAGGAAAUCACCUGUGUCCCAACAUGUUGACUUGCAGGUCCUUGCUAAGCACACUGAAGGCUUUAGUGGAGCUGACAUUACAGAAAUUUGCCAGCGUGCCUGCAAGUACGCAAUUAGAGAAGAUAUCGAGAAGAAUAUUGAGAGGCAGAAGAAGAUCAACGACCAUCCAGAGGCAAUGGAGGAGGACGGGGUUGAGAAUGAAGUCCACCAAAUCACGGCAUCUCACUUCGAGGAGUCGAUGAAAUAUGCAAGGAGGAGCGUGAGCCACGGAGACAUACGCAAGUACCAGGCCUUUUCACAGACCUUGCAACAAUCAAGGGGAUUCGGAGGUGACUUUAGGUUCGCUAAUACAUCAUCAUCUGGAGGCACCACUGCUGCUGAACCAUUUGCUGCUGCUCCUCCUGCUGAGGAGGAGGAUGACUUAUACAGUUAG